ACGGGACGGCCCCAUCAAUUCUUUAGCUCGUCAUAGAGAAAUAAAUUCUUUAGGUUGUUGCAGGGACAUAACCAGCCACGUCAAAAAUGGUGGUCAAGCAGAAACUCACACCAGAGUCCUUCCUCAGCGCUCCGCGCCGCAGCGUCGCCGUCCCCAACCAGGACGGCUCCCUCGCUCUCUUCACCGUCUCGAGACAUGCAUUUGGUGUCUGUGAGGAACGGGGCGGGGAGACGGCACAGGACCUCGUCGUCGUAAGUCUCGAAUCCGGCGACACCUACACCCUGAGCAGCGACCCCGGCGUCCACGACGCGGUAUGGAUCCCCGGCGGCAAGCACGCGUCCGGCGCCGGUCCCCUGCUGUGGCUCGAGUCUGUCGCCAGGGGGCAGGGGGGAUGGCGAAACCCGGAUGAGGGUCAUGAUGCCGCGCCCUGCGUCAUCGACGCCCGAGGCCGAAAGCAUCGGCUCGCGCUACGUCGCUGGCGUUAUCCCAGCCCCCGUCCGGGCGCUCAAGCUUUGCGCUCUCGAGGACGGCUCGGUGGCGUGCGCCGUUGUCGCAAAGGUGGCCCCCGAUGGCAGCAUGCUCAACAGCGCCCCAGUGAGCAAGAGUUUAUCCACGGCCAGGAUUUACGACGGAUGGGAGAUGCAAGAGCCCGACAAGUAUUCCAUCUGGCAUUCCAGGCUGGUCAAGGACUUGUACGGAAGAUGGAAACUGGCCGGGCCGUUCCAAAACGCCCUUCGCGGCACGAACCUGGAAGCCCCUGACAGCAGCACGUACGACUUUGGCGACGCCGGCGCCGCCUACGAUCUCGGCCCAAGGGGUAUUGCCUUCUUGGCCCCAAGUCGUCAAGGCCCACCCGCGAGUGGCAACCGCAUCUCUUCCUGCUCAGAUGUCUACUUCUUGCCUAUCGACCCCUUCGUCGUCGAGGAGGACCCCAUGCCCGGCCUGGGCAUCAGCGGCAACGUGCCGCCGUCUCGACGCCCGCAGCCCGUCAAAAUCACCACGCUGGAACACGCACAAGAGGGGCGCUGCUCGAACCUGCGCUUCUCGCCCGACGGCGCCAUGCUGGCCUUCCUCAAGGUCCCGGCGGCCGCCUGCAACCCCGAAACGCGUUUGUUCAUCGCCCACGCCGACGCGCCGCCGUCCGCAACCUUGUCGUCCGACCAUCCAUACCCCUCCUCCCUGUCCGCGUUCGACGUCCUGUGCAACUGGGACCUGCGGCCGUCGCGGUUCGAGUACCACCCGUCCGGCCGGUCCAUCGUCGUCAUGGCGUCCGACUCGGGCUGCGUGGAGCUGCACCGACUUGCCCUGGAGGGCCACGCCCCCGUCGCCCCCACCCUCCCGUUCCGCCCCAGCGUCGGGAGCGUGCACGGGUUUCACGUCGUCUCCAAAGGAGCAGCAGCAGCAGCAGCAGCAACAACAACAACAACAACAACCCCGGCGACGGCCGGCCAGCAGCUUCUUCUCGUAUCAUCGAGCAGCCUCACCGACGGCGGCGGCGUCUUCCAGCUCGUCGGCUACGACAACAUCGGCGCCCUCGACCACGACGGCUUCGAGUCCGCCGCGCUAGCCGCGGGGCCAGACCGCCGCGGCGGCGUCCGCUUCGACCUCUCGCGCGCCCGCCAGGUCUCCGAGAUGUACUUCGAGGGCGGGGGCGACUACUGCGUCCGGGCCUUUGUGGUGCGGCCCAGCAACUUCGACGCGGACAAGAGGUACCCCUUGGUGCUCCUCCUGCACGGCGACCUGCCGGCGGGUGCGAGCAAUGACAUGUGGCACCUGAGUUGGAACCCAGCGGUAUUGGCCGAGCAAGGCUACGUCGUCGUCCUGCCCGAUAUCGCGGGCAGCCUCGGGUUCGGCGUCGACUUCGCCACAGAGACGUUUGGGGAAUGGGGAGGCCGGUCGUACAAUGAUCUCGCCAACUGCAUGGAGUACCUGAAGGAUAUCCCCUACAUCGACAUGGACAGGGCUGCCAUCGCCGGCGCCGGCUCUGGCGGCUACAUGGUAAACUGGAUGCUGGGACAGCCCCUCGCCCGCAAGUUCAAGGCAGCCGUUUGCCAGAACGGCAUCUUCGACACGGGAAUAAUGCAGCUGCAGCUGCAGCAGCAGCAGCAAGACUUGGCCGACGACGCGAGCGAGCUCGGUGCGCGGGCCCCGCCGACGCUCAUCAUCCACGGCGAACGCGACCGCCGCGUCCCCGUCACGGAAGCGCUGGCCGCGUUCCGGACGCUGCAGGUCAUGGGCGUACCCAGCCGGCUGCUCACGUUCCCGGACGAGAACCAGUGGGUUCAAAGGCCCGAGAACGCGCUCGAGUGGCACCAUGUCCUGUUUGACUGGCUUAAGCGGCACAUUGGGCCUGGCUUGGAUGCGCCAGCCGUCCCAGACGCUGUUGGCGCCUCACAUCGAUACUAAAAAGUGCGCAAAUGACCCACGGGCUGCGCCAUGAUAUACCGCAGGCAUAAUUCAGGUGUUAUUGCUUUUAUGACCAAACAUGCGUCGCAUGCUACAUGGCACCUUUUGGAAGAGGCGGCCGAAGUAAAGACUGACAAGAAGAGACAAGGAGCAUGUUUUAGGAAAUCAGGGAAAAGAAAGCAGAAACCCGGGCGAAAGCGGGAAACCCCAGAAUAUCAGAGGAAGGCGAGGGAAAGCAGAAACAAGUAUCCGGUCUGAUGCAUCUCUCAAUCCCAAACCUCUAUAGCUUACCAGCAGCACAUAGGGGCACACUUUGAGUGAUCGCGCUGCCUCAUACAGCCGGCUUUUGUUCAUAUCUGGACCUCCCCGGUCGGUCUUUGCUCCUGCAUGGAC